AUGGAAAAGGACGCAAGUGAAAUAAGCGUCGUGAAACAUCCGACACAUCUGCACGAUGCAAGCGAUGCAAAAGAGGCAGCCAACAACCUCUGCCUCCGCGCCGUCCACCCGACAGACAUAACCGUGACCAAUCUUUCUCUCCAAGUCAACAUCGCACCACCAACAUGGAACCCAAUAUGGAAACUGCGCCACCGACUCCUACCCAGCCAACCAACCCAACCCAACCCACCAACCAAAACAGUCCUAUCCAAUAUCACCGCCGCAAUGCCAACAGGAACCCUAAGCGCCAUAAUAGGAAGCAGCGGCUCCGGCAAAACAAGCCUAUUAAACCUCAUGGCCAAUCGCAUGAACCUAUCCCGCACCCAAGUCCAAGUCUCUGGAACAACAACCUUCAACAAAGAAAGAAACAUCAACCACAUCCGCAGCGCAUACGUCAUGCAAGAAGACGUCCUAAUCCCAACGCUGACAGUGCGCGAAACCCUGCGCUACGCGGCCGACCUGCGCCUCCCCAGUCCGACAACGGCAGGCGAGCGCCACGACAUUGUCGAGCAGGUCAUCCUUGAAUUGGGGCUGAAGGAGUGCGCAGAUACGCGCAUUGGCACGGCGGCGCAUAAGGGCUGCAGUGGGGGCGAGAAGAGGCGUGUGAGUAUUGGAGUGCAGCUUCUUUCGAAUCCGUCGGUUUUGUUUUGCGAUGAGCCUACUACCGGGUUGGAUGCGACGAGUGCGUUUCAGAUUGUGAGGACGCUGAAGAGGUUGGCGAGGGAUGGGAGGACGGUGGUUGUUUCGAUCCAUGCGCCUAGGUCGGAGAUCUGGGGGCUUUUUGAUCGGGUUGUUUUGCUGGCGAGGGGGGAGGCGUUAUAUAGUGGGGAGGUGGAGGGCGUUCUGGGGUAUUUUGAGGGUCUUGGGUUUGUGAUGCCUGAAUUUGUUAAUCCUGCGGAGUUCUUGAUUGAUCUUGCUGCUAUAGAUCGGAGGAGUGGGGAGUUGGAGGAGGCUUCUGUGGCGAGAGUUGAAGGGUUGAGGGAUGCGUGGAGAGUGAGGCAGGCUGCUGAUGCGGUGGUGCGUGAAGGUGAGGAUCAUGGCGAGGGUGGGGAGAAGAUGGCAUCGACUUCUUUGGACGCUCAAGCGGGCACGAUGAAGAAAGUCUCCUUUCGUCGGCAGUUUCGUGUUUUGACUUCUCGCACUUUCACGACUACGAUUCGUGACCCGAUGGGCGUUGCUGGUAGCCUGCUUGAGGCCAUUGGAAUGGCAGUCAUCAAUGGAUGGAUCUUUCUGCAGCUUGAUGAGAGCCAGGCGGGUAUUCGCUCUCGGGAAGGCAGUCUCUACACUGCCAGCAGUUUGAAUGGGUAUCUCAUUCUGCUGUAUGAGACUUACCGUUUGACCAUCGAUAUUCGGCUCUUUGAUCGUGAGCGCAAUGAAGGCGUGGUUGGCGUGCCAGCUUUUCUUCUCAGUCGGCGUGCAGCUCGAUUGCCUCUGGAAGAUCUUCCUGUGCCGUUAAUAUUCUCUCUGAUAUUUUACUUCAUGGUUGGAUACCGACUUGACGCAAGUCAGUUCUUCGUCUUCUUCGUUCUCACCUUACUCACUCAUUACGUUGCCGUCACCUUCGCUGCAGUGGCUAUUGGCAUAGCGCGCAGUUUCCCCGGUGCCAGUUUGGUGGGCAAUCUGUGCUUUACAUUGCAAUCCUUUGCUUGUGGGUACUUUGUGCAGUCCAACCAAAUCCCUGUUUAUGUGAGGUGGCUCAAAUGGUGUGCAUACACCUUCUACAUCUUUGGUGCACUGUGUGCCAAUGAGUUCAUUGGAUUCAACGGCUCUGAGACAGGCCAGUUCUACGACUGUCCUUAUUCCGAUGAUCCCUCUGACCCGGCUUGCAAGGAAUACACCGGUAGAUAUAUCAUGCAAAGUCUUGGAUUGCCUCCUAAUUGGAUCUGGCGGCCAAUUGUGGUGUUGAUCGCAUUUGCCGUGGGUCACUAUCUGGUUGCUGCUCUAUUGCUGCAAUACAAUCGUUUCGCUAUCAACGUUGCCCAAGCAAGGACAACCGAAGGGGAGGCUUCCAGCAAAGCCAAGACCGCAAUCCGCCCAACACAAGAGACGCGGAAGGUUUCCAUCUCGCUCGAUCAGUACUCUUUAGAGAUUCGGAAGGGACGACUCCCGUGGCGGACGGCGCAGAAUCUUCAGAUUCUCAAGCCUAUUACUGCUGAGUUUGAACCAGGUCAAUUAAACGUGAUCAUGGGUCCAUCUGGCAGUGGAAAGACAUCACUUCUUAACUCAAUAGCAUGCAGGCUGCAUGGAUCCAUAGGGACCCGAUACUGCAUUCACGGCAACAUGCUCUACAACGGGGCUGUCCCAUCAAAAAGUGUCAUUCGAUCCGUGACUUCCUUCGUCACACAAGACGACGAUGCCCUGAUGCCCUCCCUCACAGUCCGCGAGAGUCUCAAGUUCGCCGCUGGCCUCCGCCUUCCAAAUUGGAUGACCCGAGAAGAAAAGAACCGACGCGCCGAAGAAAUCAUGCACAAAAUGGGACUAAAAGAGUGCGCUGAAAAUCUCAUUGGCAGCGACAUCAUCAAGGGUAUAAGCGGCGGCGAGAAACGCCGUGUCUCAAUUGCAAUUCAAAUCCUCACAGACCCAAAAGUCCUCCUCCUUGACGAACCAACCUCCGGCCUCGACGCUUUCACAGCAAUGUCCAUCAUUGAACUACUCCACGGCCUCGCCGCAGAAGGCCGCACACUCAUACUCACCCUCCAUCAAUCUCGCUCAGAUCUAUUCACCCAUUUCUCCCAGAUCCUCCUCCUUGCCAGAGGUGGAUAUCCUGUUUACGCAGGGAGUGGUGAGAACAUGCUCUCACAUUUCGCUGCACUAGGCCAUGACUGCCCACGCACAACCAACCCGGCAGAUUUUGUCUUAGACCUCAUUACCAUAGACCUCCAACAGGCAGACCGUGAAGCCGUCACCCGGAAACGUGUGCAGCAUCUCAUUUCCAGCUUGAGCAAGACAACAGUCGAUCCUAUGCGCAAUACAACGCAGAUCGCCACGCCCGCAGAGUUGGGCAGUCUCAAACGCCAGAUGCUUUCGUUUCGCAUGACAUUCCCCUUAGUGCUUCAUCGCUCGUUUAUCAAUUUCUGGCGCCAGCCACCACUUAUCAUGGCGCGCGUAAUGCAGAUACCUGGUAUUGCAAUCAUCAUGGCAUUAUUCUUUGCCCCGCUGAAGAACAACUACGAAGCCGUGCAGUCUCGCAUGGGAUUUAUCCAGGAGUUUGCGGCGUUAUACUUUGUCGGCAUGCUCCAAAACAUCGCAAUUUACCCCAGCGAGCGAGACGUCUUCUACCGCGAAGAAGCAGACAACUGCUACAGCGCUUCCACAUUCCUACUAUCCUACACAACGAUCGAAAUCCCCUUUGAAAUCCUGUCCUCCCUCAUCUUUGGCGCGUUAGCCGCCUACGCAGACAAUCUGCACCGCAGCAUAACCAUGUUCCUAGUCAGCGCGUUCAACUGUUUCUGUAUAAUCAGCUGCGGCGAGUCUGUGGGAAUCAUGUUCUGCACGCUAUUCUCGCACGUCGGCUUCGCAGUCAACGUGACCUCGGUGUUGCUGUCGAUAUCGACCAUCCUUGGCGGCGUCAUGAGUCUGAAUGUGAACGACGUCCUGCAGGGCAUUAAUCAUCUGUCGCCUAUCAAGUAUGCGAUUGCCAAUUUGGCGCCGUUUUCAUUGGACGGACAGGUUUUUACCUGUGAUGUCAGUCAGAGGCUUGUUGGUGGUGGCUGUCCGGUGGAUUCAGGUGAGCAGGUUUUGAAGUUGUAUAAUUUGGACAAGGAUGGGCCUAUGAAUGUCAUGGCGCUGGGGAUGACUCCUGUUGUUUCCACAUCAAGGACUAUGGACCAGCAACACAAACACUCCCAAGUCAUUCUUAAUAAAACGAAGAAUGAGGGAUCUGUCUCAUACACAUCCGACACUUCUACUGAGAUCUUCCUUCUGGCCAAGCGGGCAAUUCUCGAUAGCGAUAGCGAACGGGGAUAUGAAACAAAAGCUUGA